UGCUUGUCUCUAACCCUGGGUGCGGCAAUGCCACAGCGUUUUGUGGUCUUAUUACUCACGCACACAGUGAUAUUCAAUGUCGUUACCGUGUCACCGUAUCUUGUUAUAAGUCAUACUAUUCCAGACAGGAUUUCCGAACGUAUUCAACUGAAAGAUGAUCAGCCGUAUAUUCUCAGAUCACUACACUAUCCAGCACGGUUUCCUAUUGGCACGAAGUAUAUCUAUUCGAUUGAUUCCUCUGGCCAACCAAUCAAGAUUCAGUCAAAGGAAUUUGUGUUCGGAAUACGUUGGCCCAACAGAACCGUACUAGAUGGAUGCUUAGGCGAGCGACUUAAUGUUUGGGAUGCCAAGGUUCCAGCAUCUCCUGUUGCUUAUGCUUGUGGUGGAGGACGAGUGGAUAUUCUAUCGUACAGCGACGCAGUGUUUAUUGAGGCGGUGCCCGGACCGUCAUAUGGGGCCGAAAGCAAAUUCCAGUUAGAGCUGACCCGUGUACCUUGUGGUCGGGCAACACCAUUUCAGUGUCCUUCUGAUAAGAGCAACCAUUCGUGCAUUGCAAAGGAGCACUUUUGUGACGGUGUGGCACAAUGUCCGGAGGGCGAAGACGAGAUCUGCAGUAUGGACUGCGGCCAUCAUAGUGGGAUUAUUGAUAGCAACGAGAACCUGCGCAUCUAUGGUGGUACACCGGUCCAGCCUAGUAGCUGGCCAUGGCAGGUGCAGGUUGACAGUCAGUAUUCAGCUUGCGGGGGAACCGUGAUAGCUCCGCGAUGGAUCCUCACGGCAGCGCAUUGUAUUUCUCAAUACGUAACGAAUCGUACGGCGUAUUUAGAAAGCGGAAGUCUGCAACAAAUAACAGUGAGAUUCAUGCCACACCGCUGCGGAGCGGGGUCAAAUUCUACGGUGAUUACGGUACAGAAAGUAUUCCUGCCACCACUAUGGGGAACACGGUCGGAAGACCCCUUGUACUUUGAUGCGGCUCUUUUGCUUUUGUUUUCCGAUAUUGAAUUGUUAACAGUUCGGCCAAUCUGUCUGCCCCGCUCGGCUAUGGUGCUGAAUAUUGGAGACGUGUGUUACGCAGCUGGUUGCGGUCUGACCGAAACCAAAAGCGUAUCUUCCCAGCUGAUGCAGCUGGCCAUGACAAUAAUUGAUAUUAGUUGCACCUCUGCACUCUGUCCGGACACAUUGUACACUGGGCAAAACGUUAGCGGCACCGGAAAGAGCACUUGUUUCGGGGACAGCGGAGGACCUUUAGCGUGCCGGAAAAAUGGAGAAUUUGAGACCGACCAAUGGGCCUUAUUUGGAGUGGAAUCAUUCGGGACGGGGGAGUGUGGCGACGCGCUGAGCGGGUAUCAAGCCGUAGAAAUGCUCAUGCCGUUCAUUAUGAAUACAGUGUACUCGCAAGGCUUCAGUGGCUGGCUGAGAAAUCGUACCGUGCCAAACAGAGCCGCACUUGGCCAGGAGGCGUCCGUCCCGGCAACGGUACUAGUGGAAAAUGAAAAGCCCCCACCGCUACGCACUCAGGUAGCCGCGCAGUCAGCGGCUUCCAGAGAAAAUAGGAGAGUGUUAUUGUUCUUCGUACAAGUUUGGAUGUUUUUGUUGUUUGUAUAAGAUUAAAAAAAUUCGAUAUUACGUUUCCAAUCGGUAUUAAUCGUAUUAAAGUGAUAUUCUCCUGUAAUGAUUAACGCAAUAUUAUUCUGAUCAAUUACGGUAUUGUAACGAUAGAAAAUCUUAGUACCGCCAGUUGGGAUUGUUUAUUGCUUUUCUACAUCAGUUAUUGGUUCAUUCAUUGCUUGUCUUCCUCAUUAAGAUCAUGUGAAUCAGCAUCUCAUUGUCUUACCGCUUUACCGCUACAAUCUCGAUGCUCUUAACUUUUACUUUGGCGCACUAGAAUCAUUCUUGGAUUUGCUCCUUGCCAGCUAGCUAACCUUGCUUUUUGCCUUCUUGCCCUGUGUACUUGCUAAUAAGAAUCUUGCCGUGA